CCGUCGUGUUCGCGCGCGGACUUACUAUCCUGGCCUUUGGCUGUUUCGUUUUUCGUCGGAUAGCAAAAGAAAUUGAAUUAUUCAAAAUUAAAUCGACAUCUGUCGUACGUCAAAUGGUUGAAUAACUGAAUAAUUGAUUGCGUGCUUCAGCACGGCAUGCCUCGCCUACGUCAUAGUUGCAACAGAGACCGUAAUUUUAGUCAGGGAAACAGAAGCUCAUAGCAGUUAUCCAAAUAUCAUUUACCCCGCCCAAUUUCGCAUAGAAAUCCGUUAACCUUCCGUAAAACAGUUUUUUAAGUUUUUAAUAUUUUGGUGGGAAGACAUUUUGCAUACAUUCAGGCGCAUUCCAUGGCAAAACUGUAGUUGCCGCCAUUUUAGAGAUCAAACCAUAUCCGCAAAUUAACGGGAAGGCAUGGACACCGCUGCCGCCGCCGCUGCUGCCGUUGUCGUUGACCUGAGCUCAGAGAGCAGCACCGGGAAAUCUAAGCUCGUCAACAAUCUUAAUAGCAAUCCCAGCCCCCAACGGACAUUUAAACCGGCCGCAGCAAAGCAACCAAUUUUCACAACUGUCUUGACUGAUCACGAUCACGUAGAGUCCAUGUCGGCUACACCGCCUCCAACGCCGGCCAUGGCACGGGUACACUGUACAAGCAAUGAGAUGGAUCCAGAUCCUGCCGCCAAUGGUGAUGCACAACACAGCCUUAACUGCAAGGACGCGGCGAGCAUGGAGCAUAGUCAAACGGAGUUGGCAACAUCAACGUCUUCCAUAAACACAAGCACUUCCACAACGCUUCCAACGCCUGCCUUGCUGACAUCUACCACCACAACGACUGCAGCGUCUACAGCCGUAGCAGUGGCAGUUGUAGGUGCAACUUCAACCGCAACAACAACAACAACAACAACAGAGACUGGAACUGGGACAUCGACCAUCGGUACGACCCCCCUAAGCAAUGCCUCCAGCCCAACAUCCAGCAUGGGCCAGCUGUUGCACUGGCAGGAUAUGCCCAAGUAUCUGCAAUUCAAUCCCUAUGUGCUCAAUGGCUACCGUCCGUUGCAAACCUUCAAAGGCUGCUUGCUCAGUCUCUUUUAUUGGCACAACGAGACCAUCAACAUCCUCACACAUGCAAUACCCAUCUUCUAUAUACUGGCGAUUGUGCCUGGACUGAUGCCCUGGGACAGCGGUUACAAGUUUCUAUCGUUUUGCCAUGUCUUUGGCUCUGUGGCUCCUUGGUGUGGCAGCUUCGUCUACCAUCUGUUCAUGAACAUUGAGAAGGGCGAGAAUGUUUACUAUACGCUGCUCAAGCUCGACAUGGUCGGCAUAUGGGUGAGCCAGAGCUUUGGUGCCUUGCCCUUGGUGACGGCCACAACGCUCUGCUUCACUCCCAUACUCAAAUGGUUCAUCAUAAUCUCCUACUGCGUGCUCUCACUCUGGGGUCUAUACAAGGCUCUGACCGCAAGUUCGCCUUGGCAACGUCGUCUGUGCUUUGCUCUUCCGUUUGGCAUGCGCUCCAUUUUGACCUUUAUGCGCAUCCGUGGAAUGGUCGGCGGAAGCCAUAUGGCCCUUUCCCAUGUUUAUCUGCAGGUUGAAGUUGAUGGUGUUUCCAUUCUAGGCGGUGCUAUUGGAGCCAUGCGUAUACCAGAAAAGUGGUUUCCCGGCGUAGUGGAUUUCUAUCUCAAUUCCCAUAAUAUUAUGCAUGUGCUGGUCGUAGUGGCUGUCUAUUCAAUGCACAAGGCUACCAUUAAGGACUUUGAGUGGAUGUCCACACAGACAUGCAAUGCAAUUGGCAAUGCCACCGAGCAGACACUGGGUGAUCAUGUGGAACUAUGACCCGUUUACUGGCUGCUAUUAUUGCUGCCGCUAAUACUUUUGGCCCGACGACAAGGAGCCAUUCUUGUGGGAGGAAGAAGAAGAAGAAGACUCUGUGCCCCAAUCUUUGGGUGAAAAGGCGGACGCCUGCGUUGACUCUAUACCGUGUAUAUUCAAGUAGAGAGCAUGCUGUAACAGUAAUAAGUAUAUAUAUAUACAUGCAUAUACAUAGAUCUUAGGACAUACAAAACAUACAUACAUACAUUGAUCUAUGUAUGAGUACUUCGACUGUGGUAUUAAGCAUUAAGGUUAUAUGUAUAAAUACAACACACACAACAGAACAUCAAAACAAUGAAAACAAAAAUUCAGUCAGGAUUAUUCCAUGCUAUUUUAACGUACGAAUCGAAAAACGGAUAUUGAUGAUGGAUCCACAUGUACCUCAUUAAACUUAUAUUCAUCUAUAUAAUUGCAUAAAUACAUAUGUAUAACUUUGUACCUCGUCGAAAAAUUUAAC